AUGGUAGAGGACGAUGAAGACGACGAGCUCCUCAUCCCAGAUAUGGUGAUAAAAGACGAUGCCUUAGAAGAAAUCGUGGGACCCACCAAGCUAGAGAAUUACGCCCCAUCUGUCGAAGCGGGCUUCACCGAACUAAGCUGGUUUGAUGCAUUUGACAGCUUUGAUGUAAUGUUCAAUUCUAAAGUUGAUCAAGGGGCAAGAAGCAGUAGUGAUCAUGGGGUCCAAUUGGACUCGGUGGGUCGUUGUGGAAGCAGUAUUGGCACUUGUUGCUCUCCAGGUGGCCAUAUGAUUGGAGUUUGCUAUGGGAUGAUGGGGGAUAAUCUGCCAUCCCCAAAGGAUGUAGUAAGCCUCUACCAGAGAAGUGAAAUUCAAAUGAUCAGACUGUAUCAUCCCAGCACUGAAGCACUACAAGCCUUGAGAGGUUCCAACCUGCUAGUCUCCCUAGGUGUGAGUAAUGGCGAUCUGAAGCAGCUCUCGUCAAGCCAAGACGCUGCCAAUUCUUGGGUUGCUUCUAAUGUCCUCCCAUAUAAGAAUGAUGUCUCAUUCGGUUGGAUCACAGUAGGGAAUGAGGUGAUACCAGGUCCCAAUGCCCAGUAUGUGGCUCCAGCCAUGAACAACAUUUACAAUGCUCUCCUUUCAAUUGGGUUGGAUAGAGUUAAGGUCACAACAGCUGUUCCAUCUAAUGUUCUUGGCAGAUCCUACCCUCCCUCAGCAGGAGCCUUUACUCCUGAGGUGGCUGGUUAUAUGAAGGAAAUUGCAACAUUUUUGUUCCAUACUGGAGCACACCUCAUGAUCAWUGUGUACCCUUACUUUGCCUAUGUUUCUGAUCCAACUCAUAUUUCCUUGGACUAUGCAUUGUUCAAAUCAAAGGGCCCUGUUGUUGUGGAUGGCAGCUUAAAAUACUAUAACCUCUUUGAUGCCAUGGUUGAUGCCUUCAAUGCAGCCUUGGAGAAGAUUGAUGCAGCAGAUGUCCUUGUCGCCAUAUCGGAAAGCGGUUGGCCUAGCGCCGGCAAUGAGCCUUGUACAAGUAUUGCUAAUGCUCAGACCUACAAUAUGAACCUCAUCAAUCAUGUGACGAAGGGUGGUACUCCAAGGAGGCCAGAACACCUCAUGGACACAUUCAUGUUUGCCAUGUUCAAUGAAGAUCUUAAACCAGCUGGGGUUGAGCAGARCUUUGGUUUCUUCCAUCCUGAUAUGAAACCUGUUUAUCCUUUGUUCUGA